GCUCAGACUGUAAUCCUCUCUCAUCCUUAUCUUCCUACCAUCAGCUGCCAACGUCCACAAGGCGCACAGGGGCAGCUCAAGGCCAGAGUCUCGAGGCCUCACGCCAAGAUCAGAGUCUAGCGCCGAGCGUUGCUUUGAGACCCGUCCUACCUCGCGCCGUUGCCUACCGCCACCCAGGACUCCUCCACUAGGAUGACCACACUGACGGGUAACCUCGUCUGGCAAGAGGCGUUGCAGGAGGAUGACGGACGCAAAGCUGUGGGAAGCAGCAGUAGGAUCGACCCAUUCGCGUCCACGACUACUGUCAGUCCCACCCGGAGACCGGCCACUCGCAAGCAGAAGGCAAUAGCAGCUUGCUCUGGCGCCAUCGCUACCUCGCUGCUCAUGACACCUUUUGACGUCAUCAAGACUCGUAUACAGACGCAGUCUUCUCCUGAGCCUCUCUUCAGGCCUUCUUCACACAUUACAUCCUCCAUUAGAGCCUCGAAAGAAGCCUCUACCUCCCGCAAGAAGCUUCCAUCGCCAGCAAAGGCGCAUGCUGCCACCUGCUGCCAACAGACCUUCUUCACAGGCAACACCCAUGAGGACAAGCUCACUUGCAAAUUUGAUCCUGGGACUGCCCAGGGGAAAGCCUCGCAAGGUAGCUCCAUCACGAACAUGCCUCCUCAAAGCUUGCCCUCAUCGUCCGCUUCGGCUGCACGAGGAUCUGUGCUACUACGCCCGCCGCGCUCCCUACCCCUCUCUGCCGCUCCUCCCUACGCCCAUACCACUACGUUCCUCAACCCUGCCUCGGCUCUACUAUCAGCGUCACAAGGACACGCUUCCUCGACUGCCUGCGCUUUCCCUGACAAGGGCGCGGCAGCCCUUCAGUUGGAGGCAGCUACUAGGCAGAAACGACUGACGGGAAUGUGGGAUGGGGUAAUCAAGGUCAGCAGAGCAGAAGGAAUCAGAGGUCUGUGGAGAGGUCUGAGUCCUACAUUAGUCAUGACUAUACCGUCUCAAGUGACGUACAUGACUUGCUACGACGUCUUCCGGUCUCAGCUUCUCUCCCUGGAACGCUCCACCUUGGACACGCCUCCCGCCUCUCAAUUAGCAUCUUCCAACAUCACUCCCCAGACUCUGUUGGCCUCUUUAGUCUCUGGAGCCCUAGCUCGCUCGGUUUCUGCAACGCUCGUUACGCCUUUGGAGCUGGUGCGGACCAGGCUGCAAGCAAGCGACUCGUCACAUUCUUUGGGCAGUAUUGUGCGCUCGCUCUCGCGGCAAGUCUCUUCCCAAGGUCCUUCGGUUCUCUUCAGAGGUCUUUCCUCGACUCUCUGGCGAGACGUGCCAUUCUCAGCAAUCUACUUUAUGGGCUACGAAACGAUGAAGCGGAUGCUCACAGGAGGUAGCGGACUCGGUGAGGGUGGCAGCGGGAAAGGUGGUCUGGAGGAAUUUGGCGUGGCUUUCCUAAGUGGAGCGACAAGCGGAGGCGUAGCAGCUGUGAUCACGCAUCCAUUUGAUCUCGUCAAGACGCGACUGCAGGCUUCGUCCUCCUCCUCGUCACGCAACAGCGGAUCAAGUGAGGGCAAAGGAUCUUUGCAGCGCACAGUCGCCUCUAGGACUCUUCCAGCGCUGCGGACAAUCUUCCAAGAAGAAGGCGUCCCAGGUCUCUUCAGGGGCAUCACACCUAGGAUGGCAAAGGUAGCUCCCGCGUGCGGUCUGAUGAUUGGGAGCUACGAAGCUGUAGGUCACUUGUUCGCCAUGGCAGAGCAGGACUGAUGGCCUGCCUGUUAAUAGGAGAGAUGCGGAGGAAGAUUAGGGAAAGCAAACGGGGCA